AUGGAAGAGAUUAAAACGACGAAUGAGUUCAGGAACUUCGAAGUUGUUCCACACGUUUCAGAUCACCACUUUCUUAACAAGAGCCGAGACAGCAUUACGGACAACCCAAAUUGCAGAGCGCACAAGAGGAUCAUGGAGGAAUGGGAGACCCUCGAACAAAACCUACCCGAAUCCAUCUACGUUCGAGUCUACAAGAACCGUAUUGAUCUCAUGAGGGCAGUAAUCGUGGGUGCCGCCGGCACACCCUACCAUAAUGGCCUCUUCUUCUUCGACAUUGCCUUCCCCUCCAAUUACCCACAGCAUCCGCCCAUGGUCAAUUUCACCUCGUCUGGGCUCCGGCUGAACCCGAACCUACAUGUUAAUGGCGAGGUAAUCAUGAGCCUCCUCAGUAAAUCUGAGAUUGUGGAGGAGAACUGCGAGACGUGGGACCCGUCUGAGUCCACGUCUCUGCAGGUACUGCUCUCCCUCCAAAAACACAUUCUCAACAAGGAGCCCUUCUACAAUGACCCCCGUGCCGCCUACUUCCGCCGUUUCAACAUGGAUGGAGACUCAUCACGUGCCUACAAUGAGCGGGUGUACAGCUUCACGUGCCACCUGACCCUGUACCUUAUGCUGAACCCCCCGACGGACUUCAAAGCCUUCGUCAUACGCCACUUCUGUGACCGUGCACCUGCAAUUCUCUCGGCUUUUAAAGAGUACGUGAAUGGGUCCCUGAGUGUCGAAAACUACGUUAGGAUGUCUUCUCUUCCCGUUAAGGUUUCACCGAAGUUCAAGGAGUGGGUGAAGGACUUUUAUCCAUUGAUGUUUCAAAUGUUUACACUCUUCGGUGCUUCGUUUGAUGCUUCCUUCAACAGCUUGGAGUUGCCAUCAGAGCCCUCGGAGAGCCACAACCCCGGUGGAAUCAAAAAGAGGGGAAUCCUCCCGAAAUUAAUGAAAGUGAUAAAGAGUUCAUUUGUUUUAGAUUAA